UGAUUUAUCACAGCCUGCUGGAAACAUUUGUGAGAGUGAACCCACUCUCUCUCUCCCUCGCUCCCGCUCUCUCUCACUCCCUCUGGGUCUGUGACAGAAAGAGACUGAACAGAACAGAACUGAACUGACCAGAGGCUGUGCGGGACAGACAUCGCUUCGGAAGAGACAAGCAGCAAAAUGUUCUGUUCAAGAAGAUUGCUCCAGCAGUGGUGCUUGGCAGUGUUCUUACUGUGCUCUCCGGUGCCUCAUUAUGGGAGGCCCAUAGAUGCUCUCAGCAACAGAAUGAAACGCUCCGUGACCCACGCGCAGCUGAUGCAUGACAAAGGUCGCACGCUGCAGGACUACAAGCGCCGCAUGUGGCUCCAGGAGCUGCUGGACGUCGUGCACACGGCCGAGACCCGCGACCUGCCCGUGCGCACCGGGGUCAGCAGCAGCAGCGGCGCCGGCGUCGGACUGGGCGUCGGAGGAGGAGGAGGCGGCGGGGUCAGCGUCGGCAUGGGGAUGGGCCUGGCCACGGGGGGCACCUCCUCCCUCCACCCGAAACCCGCCACCGCCGGCGGGACGAAGAACCUCCCCAUCGGCUUCCCGCUGGAAGACGAGGAAGGAACCAACCUGCCGCAGGAGACCAACAAGUCGCAGACGUACAAGGACGCGGCGCUCAAGACGGCGGGAAAGCGGAAGAAGAAGAAGGAGGGGCGCUCCGGGAAGCGGCGGGGGGAGGGCGAGAAGAGGAAGAGGCGGGCGCGGCGCUCGCUGGCGUGGGCGUGGGCAUCGCGGGCGCAAGAGCCCGGGAGCGGCGGCUACCGCCUGGAGUGGCGGCCGUACGUUGACCUGCAGGGGGCGCUGCACUAGAACACUGUCAGUCUUUGACAACGAAACUUAAGGACAUUUCAUGGACACCUAAAUACUCAUGUUGCAGAGUUCUGUAAUAGUGAUUGUUUGGACAGUGAUACGGAAUAUAUUUAUUGUCUGUAAAUAUUCUCAACACACCAGAAAAGUAAUAAUAAUGACAAUAAAAAUAUGAUAAAACCUAUUCAAUGCUCCAAGGGGCUACAGAUCUUGAUCUUUGUGAAUACUGCCUUUUUUUGUUAGGACUAUGCCAAUUAUAAAUGUCAGAUUUGCGGUAAUUUAUUUUGUUUGAAUGGUGUAUUUAUUUUGUAAAUGUAUUAAGGUGCUGCUGACCUUCUAUAUUUUUGUACCAUAAUGCACUUUAGAUAUAUAAAUAUAAAUAUAUAAACAAGUAAUUUUUGUUAAUUGACUUUUGUGGUUUGAUUUCAAUGAAGAAAAAAAAGUUAUCAGUCAUUCUUAAAUGUGUUAGCCUGCUCCCAGGCUUGGCUAGAAACGCUGAACUAGUUCAUUGUCUUGCUUCUUUUGUUCUUUUUUUUUCAUUUGUUUGUUUCUUUUUUUCUGAGGGCUUGUGGGGGGGUG